GCGCUAUUCAAUCAAGAUGGGAGCGCCAGAAAGAGCGCCGCCGCGCCUCCUGCUCGAGCUCUCCCCGCACAAUGUCUGCAUUGGGUUCCUUCUUGCCAUCUACAUCCGCGAGUACGAAGCAAGCAGUUUGGACCUCCAUGACGGGAUCCAUCCUCAUCAUGAGUUGGCAGUGUUCCUCAUGGAAGUCACUGCCACUGCGACGAGUAGUCCCAUGCCGUUUCCCACGUUCUGUUCUACCUUGGAUGCAAUCCACCCGAGUUGGUCGAUGGAAUUCCAAGUUGCCAUGCGUCGACUCAGCAAUCGAUCUGUCCACGACGUGUCCGAAUGUCUGGAAAUGCUGUGUCUCCCGCGGAAUGACGAGGUGUUUGUGGCGUCAUCUCCUUUCGGUCGGUUCUCGCGCAUGCUCGCGCUCGCGAUCCGCUCGGCGUUCUUUGAUGGUCUAUGCAGCUUUCGCGAUGCGAUGCAGGCCUUCGUCACGCCUUUCACGCCUUCCACGACGGCCCUCAGACCGUCAACUGCCUCUGUGCUCGACGCCAUCGACAACGGCCUUCCCGUGGACGACAUCCUCCUUCAUCAAGCCCUACAAGCCAACCCUUCUUCGACUCGCCUUCUCUUCGCGCGAUAUGUCAAUUUCCAGCGGCAGCGAGAGUUCCUCGGCGCCAUGGAAGCGCUUCACAAGUACCACAACACCGCGAUACAUGUCGCGAUGGACAUCCCCGACAUGAAGCGGUUUGGGCCGCACUACGCGUCCUUGAACCUCGCCAUCUUCUACUGGACAUUUCGGCAUCCCGCGAAAGCCAUCGCGGCUCUACACGAGACCAUUCGAGUGGCUCAGAGCGCCAGAGAUAAAGUUUGCGUGGCCUAUGCGUUGAGCUACCUCUUGCAAUGGGACGCUCCCUUCGACCCCCAACGAGCCCUCACAACGAUUGAGAUGGCCGACGCCGCCGCGCUACCGCAUGUUUCGCUCUUGGCGCAGCUCUCCGCCAUCCAACACGGAUCCCCAUUGCCUGUGCCGUCCCCGGCCACCGUCAUUUCACUGCAAACGUGGCUCGCGCUGCAAGCCGCAGGCUCUGCUGCAACAAAUAGCAUGUGUCCUCCAAUGCCGACUCCUCCGGACGGGCUAAGCAUGUCCCAAUGGCUCAUGGAACCGAAGCACGCGCGGCUGAACGAGUGGGUGCACACCCAGGUGGUGAUCCAUCUCACGCAAGCACAAACAUGGCGGCAGCUCGGGUUUCGCACGAUGCAGCGGCAAGCUCUGGCCAAGGCGGCCGCUCUUGCGUCGCACCGCUCGGCGUGUUCCUCGAGCGACGUCGCCCUGUUGCUAUCGCACCAAGCGCAGAUCGAUAUCGAAACCCAACCGAUCUCUCCACGCUCUGGCUCGCCAUGGGGCGCGUCCACGGCGUACGCGCCAGCUCUGGGCAAGUUGGCGCAGUCGGCGCUCGACAUGGACAAUGCAAUCGCCAAGUCAAGCGAUGCCAUUUGGAGCGACUCGAUCCUGCAGCAGUCGCUUUUGAACAUGCUCGUGGCCUGGGCCGUAGCUAGGAUGGAGCUUCGCCGAGCAGAAUCGUUGGUGGGUGUAUGGGCAAGUCUUGUCCAGGGCCAACGAACGGGCAAGCCCUGUGACACCAUCGACUUCACCAUGGCCAAAGGUGGGAAGCAUUUUGCGGCACUCAUGCAUUCUCGCCAAUCUGCCAUGGUGUAGCUCGCCUGCUUCGGCGGCAAGGCCGACAAGAGGACGCAUCGACGCUCUUGGACUCGAUUCCUAAGCACACCCUGCCGCCAUUUGCUCGCGCCAACGUGUUGCUGCAGCAGUCGCACGUUCGUUUAUCUGAUGGAGCGAAAGAGCGCUCAUGAGUUCGUUAGAUGGCACUGCAUCCUGACGUGCCGUUCAAUGCGCUACCGGCGCUCAUGGAAUGCCUCGCGACAUGUGAAGAAGUUGGGAGCCAAACGCUCGUCGCUCAAGCAAAGGUACUUCUCGCGCGGUUGUAUGUCGCCAUGGAACGGACGCAAGAUGCCAUCGCGCUGUUGGAAGACGCCAGUCCAUACGUACGCCCGUGUGAUUCUUCGAGUCCGAAUAUCAGGUCGUCAAGGAUGUGUUGCAGGUGAUGGAGCACGGGAGUUGGGCGAUGCAAGCAGAAGUGGGGCUCGAAUUGGCCAAGGCGUACUUCAUCGUGGGCGACGUCAAGUGCAAGCAAACCCUCGAACGAAGCAAAGACGCUGCUGUUCUCGCAGAGGAUCUCCAGCUGAGCGUCGAGAUCGGCAUGGUGCUUGCCCGAUUCCACCAUGUUCAACAAAACUGGGACGCGCGGGAUCGCAUCGCGGCAGAGUGUCUCAAGUGGACCGCGUUGCUCGAAUCGAACCGAGAGAGGGAGUUCCCAGACGACAUCUCCGUCUUGGAGAGUCCUCGUGCUCUUCUGCGCUUCCUCGGCGCGGACGCCCGGGAUCGCGGCGGUGCCGCUUGAACGUCGCCGGGACUCCGCUGUGUUAUUUAUUAAAGAAUUCGAAACGAGAUUUAUUAUGUUAUUUCAGGCGAUUUUCGU